AUGAGCGGUUCGAGCGUGAGAAACGCGGGGCUGUCGAGUAAAGACAUGUGCCUGCUCCGACUACUAGCAGGCUCGAUGUUUUUCGACCAGUUCAACGUCAGCUCAAUCGCACCGCUCCUACCGUCCUUCGCCAAACUUUUCCACCUGCCCGAAACCUCCUCAACCCUUCUCCUCGCCGGCCGGUCCACAGCCGCCAUUCUCUUCGCGCUGCCCGCCUGCCCGCUGCUCUCCUGUGUCACCGCGUUUUGCGGCCUAACGGUCACUUUACUGCUGUACGCCGCGACGCUCGUGCUGCUCGCGUACCCCGCGGGCCCGUUAUGGCUCGCCGGCGCGCUCAUGCUUCAGGGGAUCUGCACGCAACUCGUGCGCGCCGGCGCGCUUUCAUUCGCCACGCAUGCGCACAGCCCUUCCGCUUUCCCUUCCCCUUCCGCUUCCGCUUCCGCCUCCGCUUCCGCUUCCGCCUUCCCACCCGCCUCCCCCGCUUCCCCGCCCUCCGCCGCCGCCUCCGCACAGAAAGGGCUUCCGCAGGUGCUGCCGGGGGAAGAUGGCGCACUCUCCCCGCAUCCCUCCGACCUCGUUCCCGCGCUGUCCCCCGCGCACGACACCGCAGGGGGAAAUGCAGGAACCGCCACGUCAGCAUCUUCCCCGCAGCAGGGAAACCCCGCCGCCACCGCCGCCGCCGCGGCAGCCGCCGCUGAAGCGCCAAAGACCGCGGCGGCCGCAUUAGGCGGACGGGAGCUGCUAUUCGGCGCGGUCGCGAUGCUGUUCGCGUGGGCGGCGGUGGGUUCAGUCGCAGGCCCCGUUACAAUGACAUUCCUCUUCCAGUUCGGAUCGCCGUCCCUCCCGUUCCUCUUCUCCCUCGGGAUUGACGCCGCGCUGCUCUUCCUCCUGUUCUUCGUCCUCCCCUGCUGUUGCGGCGGUAGGCGCCGCAAUAAAGUCGCUGACGUGGAAAGUGUAGCUUCUGCUGUAGCUGCUGCGAAGGCGAAUGACGGUUCUGGAGAAGCUUAUAUCGAGUACAAUGGUACUACAAGGGGGGGUACCGUCGAUCCCACCAAACCCAAGCACCACCGCCCGAAUCAACGGCUGUCAGCGCUCCGUCUCUUCGCCACGAUGCUCACAGACAGCACCUCCGCCACCCUGCUCGCCCUCACAUUCCUCCAAACCCUCUCCAACGGACUUCUAGAGGUCACCGUCUCUUUCUUCCUAGAUAACACCUGCGACCACUCCCCAUCCGAGAUUGGCAUUUCCAUGGGAAUCAACGGUGCUUCUUACGCGCUCUUCUCUCUCCUCUUUGGCGAUUACCUCAUCCGGAAACUGGGUCCCCCCGCUACAAUCACGCUCGGGGCCGCCACACUCGCCGCGACGCUCCCUCUCCUGGUCAUCCCGGGGGUGUCAUGCCAGCUGCACGUUUUAUACCCGUUAAUAGCUCUCACAGGAGUGGCGUACUCGUUAGUGGAGUUCCCCAGCCUGCCGUGUAUAAUCCAGGCGUUGGACAAGCGGGCGGCAGCUGGGGAAGGCUCGUCUGACGUGGCGCUUGCAGUGGGAAUGUUCAAUUUGGCGUAUACUGCGGGGUAUGCGUCAGGGCCGCUGCUGUCUGCGCUGCUGGGUGUAUGGCUGAAGGCCUGGCAAAAAAUGGCGGUUAUAUCGGGUGCGUUCGUGUUGCUGCUGCCGUUCCUCUGCUGCAUGCGGAGAUGA